AUGCAUGGCGCCAUGCUGGUGAAGACUGAGGGCGGCCAGCUCGAGAUGGUGAACAUGGGCCCUGCUCUCAGUUCAGGUCCGUCAGCACCAACCAUUAUGGUCAGGGAGGCCUUUAGACUGCGGCCACCCCAAACCCGUGGAGGACAACAAAUGUUCCAGCAAAUACCGGCCAGAUACGCUCUACCCACUCAGAUGGUGGGAACGGUGUUGAGGCAAAGGCAACCAGGACCUGGCAUCCUGCCAGGUGUUGGGCAAGCAAAGUUAGUCGGCCAGGGCACUAUGCAACAGCAAGGUGGUUUGAGCCUGCCGACGGUAAGGGCGGGUCCCCCUGCGCAGCCACUCACUGUUCAGACCGCUCUAGCCAACAGUCACACAGGGACUUCAACCCCGCCUCAGAUGUCGCCAGACAUGGCAAAAAAUAAAUGCAAGAACUUUCUCUCCACCUUGAUUCGCCUGGCGAGUGCUCAGCCCGAGCACACUGCCACCAGUGUCAGAUGUCUCAUUCAGGGUCUUAUUGACGGAAUUAUUCAACCGGAAGAUUUCACGAAGCAGUUGGAGAAGGAGCUGAAUUCUUCACCGCAACCAUGUCUCAUUCCUUUCCUAAGGAACAGUCUGCCACAUUUGAGGCACUCACUACUCAAGAAAGAGUUUUCUAUCGAAGGACUGCGCCCGCCAAGAACUGCCGUCCCAAUGUCGCCGACGAUGACGGCAGCUCAAAGCCUACAAAAAGAUCCCAAUUCUCUGUCGAUUCUUCCUCGUUCGGCGACACACAGGCAAAUUUUGACUCCCAGAUCGCUCGCCACGCAGCUUCAAAAUCCUUCGAGACUUCAGGCUGUGUUUGCACAACAGCAGAGACUUGCGACGCGUUCAGCAUCAACCGCGAGUGCGGCAGCCGCUGGAACGAGCCUUCUUUUGUCGAAAUCUACGGGUCUCGCGCCACUCUCGAGUGGGAUUCCGCCGUUCAAAGGGGUGCCACCGGUGGUUAGAGAUCCCAUCGGGAUCCUAAGGAAAAAACGAGCCUCUGUAUCGCAAAAGAUUGACGAUGACAUCAAUGACGUUGCAGCGAUGGGAGGCGUCAAUUUGGUUGAGGAAAAUCACAAUAUUUUGUCGUCACACGCCGGACUCGUAGGCACGGAGGUUCGCUCGUGCCAGGACUACAAUUUUCUUUUCACGGAGCCGCUUCGAAGACGGAUAGCAGGCAUGUCUGCGAAGUACGGCAUCAGCGAAAUUCCAGACGACGUUCUGGCCCUCGUGUCGCAGGCUACUCAAGAACGCCUCCGGUCACUGCUGGAGAAACUCAGCGUCAUUUCUGAGCAUCGGCAAGAGAGUGUCCGAGUCGAUGCUCGCUACGAUGCUAUGCAAGACGUGAGGGGACAACUAAGGUUUCUGGAGGAAAUCGACAGGGUUGCGAAGAGACGACACAGUGAACAAGAGCGAGAUAUGCUGCUUCGCGCGGCUAGGAGUCGCUCCAGGAUGGACGACCCCGAGCAACUGAAGCUCAAGCAGAAGGCGAAGGAAAUGCAGAAAGCGGACGCGGAAAAGAUGCGUCAAAAAGAAGCCAACAUCACCGCGUUGUUAGCAAUCGGAUCACGAGAUCGACAAAGCGGCGAGAGUUCGGCUAUCGCGUGCUCGAGCGCAAGUUCCAUGGUUCCGACGUGUCCGAGGUUGAAGAGGGUCAAGGUCAGAGACGUCCUUUUCCUCCUGGAGCAAGAGCGCGGCAGUUGCCGGAGCGAGUUUUUGUACAAGGCGUAUCUUAAGUAG